UUCUCUACUGACUCCGCCAUGCCUGCGAAAACCACCCGCAAGACUUCACACUCCGCCCCGCCAUCCGCUCGCUCUCAUGAUGCUGCUCGCGAGGCCCUGAUCCGCCGAUUGAUACAUAUGGACGCAGCCCUGCGUGCUGGUCGCGUUAAGGUGGUUAAUCCUGCUGAAAAUGCGAUUUUUAAGCCCAGGAUGGAACUCUACGACAACCCCGCUCUUUCGCAUAUUUUCGCUGUUGUGGAGCUUCCUGGCGUUAAUAUCGGGGACUUGUCUAUUGGUUUCAAGCAAGGGUGUCUCGAGCUCAGCGGUCGACGCCUUGCGAGAGUUCCUACUCAUGCUCGGGAUCAAGUCAAGCAAGAAGAGAUGGAGAUUGACACAAACGACGCUCUUGGUUUGCAGCGCGAUCCUCGUCUCUUCCCUCUACACGAGCUGCGCUACGGCGGCUUCCAUCGAACGAUCCCACUCCCUGCUGGCCUUGACUCUAGUGCUGUCGAGGCGUCGAUGUCUGAAGGCCUACUCACUAUAUCCUGGCCGCGCGGCACCGACGCGGCACCGAAUUCGACUGCGACGGUUGAGACUAACACCAAUCCGAAUGACUCUGCCGCUGUGGCCAUUCCAGAUCCCGAGCCUGCGACCACUCAGCGGCCCAUCUCUUCUGUCCGGGGAGAUCCGGGCCCUGUUCGACAUGUGCAUGGUCGUUCGACACGUUCGCAGGCCAACCGCCAGGGCUGA